UGUAUCAAACAUUGAGAUUUGUUGACAAAUUGCCUUUGUUAGCUGGUAAACAAGCGAACUCAACGAACUUGGUCUGAAGCGGCGGGCGGUAGAUGGUUGUCAACCUGCUCACUGAGCGGUGUGUCUCGGCAGGAGGAGCGCAUCGACUACCGCUGGUUGCAGCGGCGACAACCAACAGGCACAUGCAGGAUGAGGAGGCGGAGCUGAAGCUCAGCUGACCCCACCCAUUUAGUGUGACCUACCCUCACCCAUCCAGCCAGCCGAGCCCAUGUUCUCUCCAGAGCAGGAAAAUAUCUCCCCCUCCUCCACCUCCUCCUCCAAAGUGCCAGUGAAAUAUGGGGAGCUCAUGGUGCUGGGGUACAAUGGCUCUCUCCCCAACGGUGAUCGAGGCAGGAGGAAAAGCCGUUUCAGUCUGUCUAAGAGACCCAAGGCUAAUGGGGUCAAACCCAGCACAGUGCACGCUGCCUGCACCGCACAGGCAGCUAAGGCUAUCAGCAACAAGGACCAACACAGCAUCUCCUACACGUUAUCCAGAGGUCAGACUGUGGUGGUGGAAUAUACUCAUGAUAACAGCACAGACAUGUUCCAG